AUGGCCUCACGCGCUCAGGAGGUGUCUCUGCUCGGGCUGUGUGACGGAGAGAUCGACUCCAAGAAGCACCGGUGCUCCUAUCUGACCAACAAAGUAGGGGGUCGGCCGGACUGGCCGCCGGGCAUCGCUGCCCGGUCACCGCGAUGCGGCCGCUGCAGAGUCCCGCUAGUCCACGUGGUGCAGGUGUACUGCCCCGUGGACACGUCUCCGCACCACAGGAACCUCCACGUCUUCGCGUGCCCGGGAGCUGAGUGCAGCGGUCGGUCAGAGUGCUGGGCGGUGCUCCGCUCACAGUGCCUGGAGGCAGAGGUGCGGACACCCGGGCCGCCUGCACCGGCUCAGGAGGCUCCUAUGCGGGUCACUGACUGGUGUGACACCGCUGACGACUGGGGGAUGGGGGGAGAGGAAGAUAAUGAUGGAUGGGGAGGAGGUGCGAAGCAGAACACACCUGUGAAGGAGGAGACAGGAGUUCCAGAGGCAGCAGGUGGUGAGACGGACGUCAGCAGCCGUCUUUGUGACCUCAGUCUGGGGGACUCCCAGGAGGACGUGACCGCCUUCUGUCCAUUCUUCAUCAGCGUGGUGGAGGAGACGGAUGUGUGCGGGGAGGACGGCGACCUGGAGCACGCUCAGGAGCUGCUGAGGGAGUACGAGAGGCGGGAGGGCGUGGCAGUGGGGGAGUUAGAGGGAAGCGGAGGAGGCGGGGACGAGAAGUAUGAGAAGACCGGAGCCCGACACGGAGACGCCGUCUUCUCCAGGUUCAUGAAGAUGAUCUCGGUGUGUCCGCAGCAGAUCCUGCGCUACUGCCGCGGCGGGAAGCCGCUCUUCAUCUCCGAGCCGCCGUCCAACGUGGCGCAGCUGGUGCCAGCGUGUGGCUCCUGCGGAGGAUCCCGGACAUUCGAGCUGCAGCUGAUGCCCGCGCUGGUAAGCCUGCUGCAGGGGGAGCGCGGCGGUGCAGGGGUGGAGCUGGAAUUUGGGACGGUGCUAGUCUACACCUGCGCUGACAGCUGCUGGACAUCCAGGUCGGACUCGGCCGUGGAGGAAUUCUGCUUCGUUCAAACCGACCCAGACCAGCAGCUCUUUGUGUGACGGACUAACCUGAAGCUCGCCGUCGCCAUCAUGGUGGGAUCCCGGUUUAUUUAUACCCCGUCAUGAUGUCAGAAGAUCAAAAAUCUGAGGCGAGCUCGUGUUAAAAAAGGACCAAGCAGCAGCUUUUGUUACUUCAAGGCUUUAAAGGUUUUGCCUUAAAAUGUGAAAAUAUAGAUGUGCUUUAGUCAUCGGGCCUGGGCAGAGCGUUACAGCUGCUUACGGCCACACGAGGGCAGGACACUGAACCAUAGCUGCUCUUAUUGGUCCUUCAGACUUCAUGGUGCUGAACACAGAAGCUCCAAAGACGACAUCAACACGAGUGUUAGAAAAGAUUAAAAGUCUCUGCUGCA